AGUUUCAAUCUUUUGCACUAUGGCGGCCUCGAACUCGUCGUUUGAUCAGACAUCAGCAGCUGUAGCAGCAGAGGCUAAGAAUGGGGAAGAUUUCUCAGUUCAUGUGUUCUCGUCCUCUGCCGAGUUACUUGAGAAGUUGCACGAGAAGUGGAAUUCAGUGAAGCAGCAACCUUAUCCGGCAAUGUAUUCUAGUGUCUAUGGUGGAAUCAUUCUUGAUCCAGCAAUGAUGGUUAUUCCAAUGGAUGAUCACAUGGUGCAUCGAGGACAUGGCGUCUUUGACACAGCUAUUAUUUUUGAUGGCUAUCUGUACGAAUUGGAUGUCCACAUUAACCGCUUCCUUAGAUCAGCAUCUAAAGCCAGGAUCGCGUCUCCAUUUACAUUUUCAGAACUUAAAAGCAUUCUUAUUCAACUUUCUGCAGCAUCAAAGUGCAGGAAAGGCACUCUAAGAUAUUGGUUGAGUGCAGGGCCUGGGAACUUCUUACUCUCCCCAGCUAAAUGCCCGACAUCUGCAUUCUAUGCUGUGGUGAUUGAUGAAGAUUUCACACAAUGCAAAGAAGGUGUAAAAGUGAUAACUUCUGCAAUCCCCAUGAAAUCACCUCUUUUUGCUACUAUGAAAAAUGUGAACUACCUCCCCAAUGUACUCUCCGUAAUGGAGGCUGAGGAUAAGGGAGCAUUUUCAUCUAUAUGGGUUGAUGAAAAAGGUUAUAUCGCUGAGGGUCCAAAUGUGAAUGUUGCUUUUAUAAAUUCUGAUAAGGAGCUUAUCUUGCCUAGCUUUGAUAAGAUCCUAAGCGGGUGCACUGCUAUGAGGUUUCUUCAACUCGCACCCAAGUUGGUCGAGCAGGGACGUUUGAAAUGUGUCAAAAUAACGGACAUCACAGUCGAAGAGGCCAAAGAAUCUACUGAAAUGAUGUACGUUGGAAGCACACUUCCUUUAUUACCUAUCAUCAUGUGGGAUGAGAAACCUAUCGGAAAUGGGGAAGUGGGAGAACUGACAAUGGCACUCUCGGAUUUACUUUGGGAAGAUAUGGCAGCUGGUCCGGAAUCACAGAGAAUUCCAGUGCCAUAUGCAUAAGAAAUCAAUCUCAAAUCGAAGAACAAUGCUGAUAGAAUAUGCUCUAAAAGGAUUUGAAGUUUGAAGUCAGUUUCAUUCUGUUUUCUUCGUAGCCGGUGGUAGCAGCUACAUAUUCUUGGUUCUGUUACACAGAAAUAGGUCUUAAUAAGGUUUGUUUUGUAUGUUGAGCUUCUCCAGCACUGCAUAAUGUUGCUUUUCAAGUAUUGAUCACUACCUGAAGUGAGUCAACUAAAUAUCUUGCAAUGUAUUGGUAGUUGGCACAUGAACUUUUUUCGAGUUUUAUGUUUGGAAUAAAAUUAUUAGACAGAGCUGAAAA